GGCGCUGGGGUAACAGGAGGGGAAGCGGGUGCUUUUCAUCGAGCCUGCAAGAGGGGGGCCCAGGCAUCGAGGCUGGGGAGUCGUGGGUAGAGCCCCGAUUCCAGCCAAGACGCCACAAGACAUAAGCAAGCGUGGAGCGCAAAAUGACUACCCAAGCGCAAUUCUGUAAAGGCCGAAGGGACGUUCUUCCAACCUCUUAAAUUUCCCGGGUGCCACGCCCCUCAAUUGCCGGCCCUGGAUUCCAAGGUGUCGCGCCGGAAGUGACCUCACGGUGGUGGCGUGGAGACGUGGGGGCGCUUCCGGCGGCGGUGGCGGUGGUGAAGGCCGGAUCUGUGGGGGUGGGCGUGGAGAGAAUUCUUCUGUGGGUCCUCUGGUGUUGCGUCGUCGGCUUGGUGUGGUGUGCAGAGGAGCUCCAGGCCCGUCGGCGCGGAGGCUUUCAGGUAUAGGCUGGGUCACUGGUCUUAAAACAUUUCUUCUUGAGAAUGUCUAAAAGACUGUGGAAUCUGUUAGAUCUUAUAUACUUUUAAGUUGGCACCUGAAACUUUUCAUCGUAGAUUUACAUAGUUGGUCUCACGUGUGAAACAUGGCUACAGAUUGGCUGGGAAGUAUUGUGUCCAUCAAUUGUGGAGAUAGCUUGGGUGUCUAUCAGGGAAGAGUGUCAGCUGUGGAUCAGGUCAGCCAGACCAUUUCUCUCACCCGGCCUUUCCAUAAUGGAGUGAAGUGUCUUGUUCCAGAAGUCACCUUCAGGGCAGGUGACAUUACGGAGUUAAAAAUUCUGGAGAUACCAGGACCUGGAGACAACCAACAUUUUGGAGACCUUCAUCAAACAGAAUUAGGCCCCUCUGGUGCUGGCUGCCAAGUGGGCAUCAAUCAGAAUGGCACAGGCAAGUUGGUCAAGAAGCCAGCCUCUUCCAGCAGUGCCCCUCAGAAUAUCCCUAAGAGGACAGAUGUGAAGAGCCAGGAUGUUGCCGUUUCCCCGCAGCAGCAACAGUGCUCAAAGAGCUAUGUCGACAGGCACAUGGAAUCCUUGAGUCAGUCCAAAAGUUUCCGUCGUCGGCACAACUCCUGGUCAUCUAGUAGCAGGCACCCAAAUCAGGCAACUCCAAAGAAAAGUGGUUUAAAGAAUGGCCAGAUGAAGAAUAAAGAUGACGAGUGCUUCGGGGAUGAUAUUGAGGAGAUCCCAGACACAGAUUUUGAUUUUGAAGGGAACCUGGCUCUUUUUGACAAGGCAGCUGUGUUUGAGGAGAUUGAUACCUAUGAAAGGAGAAGUGGUACCCGUUCCCGGGGCAUCCCAAAUGAAAGGCCUACUCGGUACCGCCAUGAUGAGAACAUCUUGGAGUCCGAGCCCAUUGUCUAUCGACGGAUCAUAGUGCCCCACAACGUGAGCAAGGAGUUCUGCACGGACUCUGGCCUGGUUGUCCCAAGUAUUUCCUAUGAGCUGCAUAAAAAGCUGUUGUCUGUGGCUGAGAAGCAUGGGCUGACCCUUGAGCGGAGACUGGAGAUGACAGGUGUGUGUGCCAGUCAGAUGGCACUGACCCUCCUCGGAGGACCUAACAGGUUGAAUCCCAAAAAUGUUCACCAGAGGCCUACAGUGGCUCUACUGUGUGGACCUCAUGUGAAGGGGGCUCAGGGUAUCAGCUGUGGAAGGCACCUAGCCAACCAUGAUGUCCAGGUCAUCCUUUUCCUGCCCAAUUUUGUCAAGAUGUUGGAAUCUAUCACCAACGAGCUGUCGCUCUUCAGCAAGACCCAAGGCCAACAAGUGUCUAGCCUCAAAGAUCUGCCCACUAGCCCUGUGGACCUGGUCAUCAACUGCCUGGAUUGCCCUGAGAACGUCUUCCUGCGCGAUCAACCCUGGUACAAGGCAGCUGUGGCCUGGGCCAACCAGAACCGGGCACCAGUACUCAGCAUAGACCCUCCUGUGCAUGAAGUCGAACAGGGCAUUGAUGCCAAAUGGUCACUGGCACUGGGCCUGCCUCUGCCACUGGGGGAGCACGCAGGCCGUAUCUAUUUGUGCGACAUUGGCAUUCCCCAGCAGGUCUUCCAGGAGGUGGGCAUCAACUACCACUCGCCCUUUGGCUGCAAGUUUGUUAUCCCACUGCACUCUGCUUAGAGGGUUCCUGCGCAGGCAGGACUCUGCUGUCCCCUGCUGCUCCUGAUAACAAACGCCUUAAGGAUAUGAAGCUUCAUGGACCUUGUUAAAGUUUUUUCUCUUUUGGGUUUGUUUCUUCUGUGAGAGAACAGAACUUACUUAAAACUGACCUGUCACUUGCUCUUAGCCAGGGAAGUCUUUCCCACUGGGUUCCAGGCUGGGUGGCAGGCUGAGCGUGCAGCAACUCCAGGCAUGUCUACCCUCAGCCCCCUGCACGGCCAGGUGGGCCUUUGUUUACAGCCGUAGGCAGCUCUCAAGACUGUGUUUCAGGUUUACAGCCACUGGGCCUGGGCACACACAUUGAAGAGUGGGCCAGGUCCUGUUUCGGGGCCUGUACCUGCUCUAUUUCAGAGCUUGUGGCUUUGUGUCUCCCCUGCUUUCCCCACGCAGACAGCCCUUCCUCUGUAGAACCAGCUGCACAGCAGCUGUCCACCAGAGGGCAGACCUGCACUCUCCAUUCAUGUCCAGGGCUGUGACAGACCAGGCCUUCCCCUAGCCCCACAAGUUGAUUUGGGGGGUUUUGACCCUUACUCCUGAGCUGAUCCAAGUUUUAUGCUGAUUUUUCCAAGGAUCUCUCCCUCCUUUUCCCUCCAUCACUCAGGGGUAGGGAAGGGGGCGGCAUUAGGAUGGUGUUACUGUAUUGGGAUUUUAUGUUGUUCUGUCGUCUUCAGCACAGGUAGUAUAAGGUUACAUUACUGUAGAACCACAGUGCCCAUCUUGCCAGCAGUGCCCGCCCCCACCCUCAAAGCUGAGCAGGUUGAGCCUUUGCCUAGUCUGGGGCCAGACCCCUCAGAUGGGGAUAUCCCUGGGGGAGCCUGGUGCUGAACCAGAAGAGGCUUCCUGGUGCUUCUGUCCUAGGCCACCACUCCUCCAGCCCUUUGCCCGCACAUACAUGCCCCACCUACUCUUUCAUCCCCUCUGCCCUUCCCCUGAAACGGUCCUUUGCAGCUGUCAUCCCAGAGCAGGCAGAUGGGCUCCCGUGCUUGAGCUCUACCCCAGCUCUUACAACAUCUGGGCUUUGAACCUUUUACAUUUGUCCAGUCUAGAUGAGUAGGCUUGGGGCCAGCACCCUGUCUCAAAGAUGGCAAAAUGAGGCUAGUUCUGGAUGAGCUAGCUGGUGUGGGUUCCAACCAUAGGAACACACUGAUGCUCAAAUCCUAAGGUGCCAAGCCCUAGGCCCUGGAGGCUGGUAGAACAGGAUCUAUGCCUGGAACCCUGGCAGGGAUUCCUGUCAAGGACUUGUGCUUAAGCCUGCUUCAGGGCUUCAGGCUGCUUCUGCUCUGUGUCUGCCCAGACUGGCUGAGCGGGUGGAUGGGUGGGCAGAAGGGCUCACCAAGGAUUGUGGACACAGGGGAGGCCCUGGUACCAUGGGUUUCAGGCUGUUAUCACUUCCCUUGUAGGAACAUAGCCAGAAGCAGAUGAGCCAGAGUAGAGGGCUGGCCCCUCCUCUCAUCUUCCCUUCAGUCUUAAAUUGUCUCCAGCGAUGGGAAGAGGCCAGGGACUGUAACCCUUGUGCUGUGUAUUCUCUGAGCCUCUGCCCACUCUCAGGGCCAAGCAGCUCCCAAGCCGGGGCCCUCUCUUGGCUAAAAUCCGAGGAGCAGUCUAGGUUACAGGCUUUUUGGUAGGCAGGUUCUGGCUGCCUGUUAAUGCAGUUAGGCCCCCUGAUUAGGUACAGUGAGAAACAAGCUAGAACAACCCUGGCCCAGGAGCCUGCCCACUCCAGCGAGAUCCAGGGAUGAUAGCCUUGUGGGGCCACUGGGAGUUUGUGCCCAAGCUUCUCCCUCUUCUCUCCCCAGGGGCACUGGGACUGGUCCCUGCCCUCAUCCUUAGCCUGGGCCUUCCCCAGAGGUAUUAAAGAGAAGUAUGAUUCCUCUGUCUUCAGUUCUUUUCAGGGGCAUCCUGCCCAUAGUACCCAGUUCCCAAGGGGCCCCCAGUCACGUGGUGAAGCCUAGCACUCAUGCAGCUCUUAGGGAACCAAAAACCAGCACUGAAAUAAAGCUGAAUGACUGA